AUCACUUGGCUUCUACGGCAUCACGCGAAACUGCCAGCGACACACCCCCGUCUGGGAUUGGCUGAGCCUGGGCGGGUCAAAGUUGAAAAGUAAUGACAUGAUAUACUUCAAACCCCAACAGUGUUCAGUUCCUGCACGGACGCUAAUAUUAACACCUGCUAUGUACAGGUCACUGGCGAGUGCCUGCGCUCUCGGUGUCUUAGGAGCUGCUGCGUGUAAACUUGCCCUUGCCCAGGCCCGUGCAGCCUGCCUCCACUCCUCCCGGCGGGCUUCGCUGGUCGCUCAGGCAGACAUGAAGGUGGAGCUGCUUCCGGCACUGACCGACAACUACAUGUAUCUCCUCAUCGACGAGGAGACCCGGGAGGCCGCCAUCGUGGACCCAGUGGAGCCCCAGAAGGUUGUGGACGCCAUCAAAAAGCACAGAGUAAAGCUUACUACUGUCCUUACAACACAUCAUCACUGGGAUCAUGCCGGGGGCAACGAGAAGUUGGUGAAGCUGGUUUCAGGACUGAAGGUUUAUGGAGGGGAUGACAGGGUUGGAGCCCUCAGCCAGAAAGUAACACACUACAACACCUUCAAGGUGGGCUCUUUGAAUGUGAAGUGUCUGUUCACACCUUGUCACACAUCUGGGCACAUCUGCUAUUUUGUCACAAAAGACGGUAGCACUGAACCCCCAGCUGUUUUCACUGGAGACACCUUGUUUGUGGCGGGCUGUGGGAAGUUUUUUGAAGGCACUGCAGAUGAAAUGUACAAGGCUCUGAUCGACGUGCUGGGCAAGCUGCCUCCUGAAACUCGGGUUUAUUGCGGACACGAAUAUACCAUCAACAACCUUAAGUUUGCCCAACAUGUGGAGCCAAAGAACGAGGCGAUCAGGAAAAAACUUGCCUGGGCAAAGGAGGUGUACAACAAAGGAGAACCAACCAUCCCGUCCACAAUGGCCGAAGAAUUCACGUACAAUCCUUUCAUGAGAGUCAGGGAGAAGGCCGUGCAGGAACACGUAGGGAAAUCUGAUCCCAUUCCAACGAUGGCCAGCCUCCGGAAAGAGAAGGAUGGCUUCCGUGUUCCCAAGGACUGAGUCCAGAAGAGCUGGCUCUGCUGCAGAAGCUACUUUUUCCACUACAACUCAUCCUAGUGCACAGCGAGCUGUCACUAACAACCUCAGUGCUUAAUACUUUCACACUGUUGAAGUACAUAUAUUUAAGUAUAAAUGUAUCAUUGCUCUGUAAAUUGAAUGUAAAAAAAAAGUUAUAUAUUUUAAUUAUCUUUACAAACAAAAAGUAGCAUCUUUCCUUUUCAAGGGACUCAAAACAUUAAAAAUAAGAAAAAAACAGGGAAAGAGUUAAGGUCAAAUUGUCCUUCCAAACGUUACGUGCAAUAGUGUGGUUUUUAAUUUAGCAGAAGGCUAUUCAUAACAAGAGGUGUGGAGAUUUUCUGAUUGUAUUGUUGUACCAUACGGGGGUUUUAUUGAUGAUGACAGUAGUAAUUUUCUUUUAAGACAAUUUAGAGGGAGCCUUUUUUUUGCUGUACAUUCUUAAAGUACCGCAGUGUUUCUUGCCCGCUGAAAUGAAACGCAAAGUUCACUAUAAAUAUAAAUCCAGCAUGGUUUGUACUUCCAGUUCUGUAGUUUAUAGUCCCCUGCUGCAUGUUCGUCUUCCAGCUGUUUAAGGGCACGACCAGUGCGAUCAGUUUAAGUCAGCGAACAUUGUGUCUCAGACAUACUAUACAUCUUGUACAUUAUUUGUCAUGGUGUUAAAUCCAAAAGCAGUAAAAUACUUUCCAUGGAAUAGAAAUGCAGAUCAUGUAGAGUUAAGAGUUUAACAGUACAUUAAAGUCUGUGCACGAUGCUCAUGUACCAGCAAUAAAGCAUAUUGUUAAAGAUCAA